GUAUAACAGUGACAUCAUUUAUUUAAAUUAACAUUAACUCAUCUUUAUCUGUUUCAAGUUUAUGUGUAAUUGAUGUAUUGCUUUUUACAGUAUAAAAUGUGUUUCUAAAUACUUAUAUUGCCUGUCAUUAGUCCACUUGCCCAAAAAACACUGCACAUCUGUAGUGUUAGAACAUUAUUUGGUGCAGCAACUCAGAGAAUUGCAUCUAAUACAGAACUCUAUCCGGCUGUUAAGUGCUAUAUGAUAUUUGCUCUCAUCACCGUGGACUAGUUAAUGCUAAAAUUACAGCAAAGUUUACUGUCCUACAAGUUUACUGUCCUACAUGUUUUAGAAUUUUUGUCAGUAAAAUCCCACCCCUAAGUUGGGGUGGCUACAGUGUGGCCAAUAAAGUUUCACCCACCAUUUACAUACACACAGUACAGUAGCACACACACUAAUUUGUGCUUGAUCAAAAAUGGACACGUGUCACACCACAAUCUACAUUUAUUUAAUGAUCGCAACAUCUGUAUCUCCAUCAGAAGGUGAUACUUUGGAGAUUUUUCCAGCACAAAUUUUUGGACCCUCCACAGCAAAAGUUGGUGAAAAUUUAGAGUUAAAGUGUCUCAUCUCUAACAUUCAGAGCUCAAAUACAGAAAUUCACAUGUAUUUGUGUAAAAAUGGAGUUGGAGAGAGAUUAGAAAUAUUUGGAAAUAAAACUGAGCACACCUUCACUUUGAGGAAUAUUUCAUUACGGGACUCUGGGACCUACAGUUGCGUGUACUCAUUUACAAGAUAUCUUCCAAAGAAUGUCACAGGAUCAGGAAUGAACUCAAUCCUUGUCCGAGUCACUGGUGAUGCGUUGAAAAUUUUUCCAGCGCAAAUUUUUGGACCCUCCGCAGCAAAAGUUGGGGAAAAUGUAGCAUUAACAUGCAGCAUCUCUAACAUCCAGAGAUCAAAUACAGAAGUUCACGUGUAUUUGGUUAAAAAUGGAGUUGGAGAGAGAUUAGAAAUAUUUGGAAAUAAAAAUGAGCACACCUUCACUUUGAGGAAUAUUUCAUUACGGGACUCUGGUACCUACAGUUGCGUGUACUCAUUUAUAAGAUAUCUUCCAAAAAACGUCACAAGAUCAGGAAUGAACUCAAUCCGUGUCCGAGUCACUGAUCUAAGCCAUGAAGUUAUGGUCACUGAAACAUAUGAUCCACUGUUGGAGAGAAAUAUUUUACGAUUAGUAUUCUCGGUUGGAGUGAUCAUUUUUGCAUGUUUCAUCGUGAUUUUCGACUUCAAGACAAGGUCACGUUCUUCCAGAAAGUUCACCAGCUCAGACAAAGCCAAGGAUAGAAAUAAUUCAUAAAAUUCAACAUGUUUAGUCUGAUGUCAACAUUUUGUUUGUAUUUCAUUUUUUAAGUCACUUUGGCUA